AUGAAAGUUCAGCUAUUAUUAGUUGCUAUAAUUGCUUUUUUUUCAAACUGCAUCAAUGGUGCGUUGUUAGGUAUAGAUUAUGGUUCCAAACAUCUUAAAGCAAUGGUGGUGGCUCCUCAAGCUCCAUUAGAACUAGUCUUGACCCCGCAAGCCCGUCGUAAGGAUAUUUCAGGUUUAGUGAUACGCCAUGCUGAACCUAACAGUAAGCAUCUCGAUAGAAUAUAUGGGUCAGAAAUCGGUUCUUUAAGUACCAGGUUUCCAGGUAACACGUUUUUAAACUUAAAGUAUUUAUUAGGUGCUUCAAAUGUAAUUAAUGAAGAUAUUUAUUCAUUUUUAAGCCCAGGUGUCGAAUUAGUAGAAACUAAUAGAAAUUCAGUAGCCUUUGUAAUUGAUGGUGUGGAAUAUCCACUUGAAGAAUUAGUUUCAAUGAAUAUUCAGGAAAUUAUCAAUAGAUCUAACUUAUUAUUGUCUGAAAAAACUAAGACUACUAGUGGUGUAAAUACUAUUGAUAAAUUAGCUAUUACUAUUCCAGAAUACUUUAAGCAAACCAAACGUCAAGCUUUAUUAGAUAUAGGUGAAAUGACAACAGAUUCAUUAGAUACAGUAGUUAUUAACGAUGGUAUGUCUAUUGCAUUGAACUUCGCAUUAAAGAAUCAAAACGAUUUUACCCCAGGUGAAAUUUAUUAUUAUAUCAUUUAUGACAUGGGUUCUUCUUCAACAAGAUCCACUCUUAUCUCGGUAGAACAACCUUUAAACACUUCAGAGCCUAUGAGACUUGAAUUUGGUGGAUAUGGAUAUCAAGAUCAAUUUUUUAACGGUGAUUUUAUCACCUUGCAAACUGCUGAAUUAAUUAAAGAAAGAUUUUUUUCGAAACAUUCUAAAACACACACUAAAGAAGAUCUUGCAAAUAACCCAAAGGCCAGGGCUAAAAUUAUUGAAGCCGCAGAAAAGGCAAAAUUAAUUCUAAGUGCUAAUAAUGAUGCGUCUAUCUCAAUUGAAUCACUACUCCCAGAUUUGGAUUUCCGUUCAACUAUCAAGAGAUCUGAACUAGAAAACCUAUUAGAGCCUUAUAAGGACUCAAUUAUUCAACCUAUUAAGGAUUCUUUAUUUAUUGAAAACCAAAUGUGGAACGAGCCAAAUAGUUGCAUUGAAUUAGCCAAUAUUAAUGGUAUAAUUAUGGCUGGUGGCUCUACUCGUGUGCCAUUUGUUCAAAAAAUUUUAAGUCAGUUUAUUGAUAAAGAUAAAAUAUUGAAAAAUAUUAAUGCUGAUGAAGCUGCUGUUAAUGGUGUUACCAUUAGAGGCAUUAAGCUGCUCGAUGCAUUUAAAACAAAACCAAUUGAUAUCGUUGAUCAUUCUAUUUAUAAUUAUUCUAUUGUUUCAAAUGAUUUAAAAUUAACAGUCUCGGAAGGUUAUGAUCAUAAUUCUGCUUUGAUAUUUAAAAGAGGAACAACUUAUCCUAACAAAACAAGUUUCGUUGUUAAUUUAGAAGAAAAUAAACUUGAAGACAGUUAUACCAUAACUACAGUAGAGGAUAAUAAUUCUACAAUCGAUACGAUUUUAAUUACUACCAAAAACGCAAAGAAGAAUUCUAAUAUAAAAAAAUGUCCUAAUGGAGUUGCUUUCAAUUUUACUUUUGAAUUAACAAAAGAUAGAUUAUUCAAUUUAUAUUCAGUCGAUGCAAUUUGUAAUCAAAAAGAUACUAAUAAUACUUCAACCUCGAUAGCAUUGCCUUUUACGAUUACAAAGAGCCAAGUCAGAAGAUUAACUAAUAAAGAAAGAAAUUUGAUUAGAGAGAAGAUCACUUUGUUGAACAAAUUAGAUGCUGAAAGAUUCGAAUUUCAAGAAUCCUUAAAUAUUUUAGAAUCACGCCUUUAUGAUAUUAGAUCUUUCUUAGAUGAUGAGCAGAUUAUUUCUAAAGGUCCAGCAAAACAACUUGAUGAAUUAACAAAAUUAUUCAGUACCUAUUUGAAAUGGUUAGAAGAGGAAUCUAUUGAUACUUCAAAAGUUAAAAACAAAAAAGAUGUUAUUAAAAUGACUAAUGACCUAGAUUCAUUGAAGAAAAGCAUUGAAUUUUAUAUCAAAAGUUCAAAUGAGCCAUUAGAUACUAAGCAAUUUGAAAAAUUAUUGGAAAAAUCGCAGGCUUUAUUAGAUCAAAUUAAAGAUAUUGAAGAAAAUUCAGAUAGCACCUUAGUUAAAUAUAAAAAAAGUUUUAUUAACAUUAUGAAGUCUGACAUCCAUGAUGAAUUUUCAAAGAUUAAACUACCUCGUUAUUUAACUAAUGCCCUUUCAAGUUGGAACUCCACUUAUACUUCCUUUAUUGAUGAAGUUCAUAAUUUAGAAAAUAUUUUGAAGAAAAAAAUCUUAAAGAAAAUGGCUCGUGAAGAAUUAUUCGAUAUUAAGACUUCAAUAGAUGAUUACUUAAGUGCUUUAGAACCACAGAUUGCAUAUUUUGAUAAAGCAAUUGAAUAUAAGCUUAAAGAAAUUGAAUCUUCAUAUCAAAGAAAAUUGCGUGUCUUAAAGAGAAAAGAAGAAAGACAAUUAAAAAAAUUACAACAACAAAAUUCAACAAUUUCAAAUGGAACUGUAUUAAAUAGUACGGUCCCAUUUUCGACUGAUAAUACUGAAACUGUAUCAGCAACUAACACGAAGAGAAAUAAUAAAGCCUCGUCACCAAAGCCAAAGGCAAAUAAAUUGUCUUCAUCUAAGUCAUCUAAAUCAAAAGAUAAUAAUAGAAUCAUUAAUGAUGAAUUGUAA